AAUCCCUGCGUCCUAUCGUCCGGAGCGUCUUAUAGACCACAAAAUACGGUACAUUGAUGCAGUAAUGUCCCAGCUGCUUUUCCCAGGGAAAAGUUUCCAACAACAGAGGGAAGCAAUGAAGCAGACAAUAGAAGAGGAUAAGGAGCCUGAAAAAUCUGGAAAAUUGUGGUGUGCGAAGAAAAACAAGAAAAAGAGAAAAAAAGUAUUAUACAACGCCAAUAAAAAUGAUGAUUAUGAUAAUGAGGAAAUCUUAACAUACGAAGAAAUGUCCCUUUACCACCAGCCAGCAAACAGAAAGCGACCCAUAGUUCUUAUAGGACCACAGAAUUGUGGGCAGAAUGAGCUGCGGUUGCGCUUGUUGAACAGCGAGGCUGAUCGUUUUGCCACUGCUAUACCUCAUACUUCUCGAAGUCGGAGAGAUAAUGAAGUAGCUGGACGUGAUUAUCACUUUGUUUCGAGACAAACAUUUGAAGCUGACAUCAUUGCUGGCAAAUUCAUUGAGUAUGGGGAGUUUGAGAAAAACCUGUAUGGCACCAGUGUUGAUUCAGUUAGACAAGUUAUUAAUUCUGGAAAGAUCUGCCUUUUGAGUCUCAGUACACAGGCUUUGAAAUCGUUACGUAAUUCAGACUUAAAACCAUAUAUUAUAUUCAUUGCUCCACCUUCCCAGGAGAGAUUACGCGCAUUACUAGCUAAAGAAGGCAGAAAUCCAAAGCCAGAGGAACUAAGAGAAAUUAUUGAAAAAGCAAGAGAAAUGGAGCAAAAUAAUGGGCAUUACUUUGACACAGCCAUUGUAAAUACUGACCUAGACAAGGCUUAUCAGGAAUUGCAUCGAAUUAUUAACAAAUUGGACACAGAGCCUCAGUGGGUUCCAUCUUCCUGGUUGCGAUGAAAAAACAAAAAGAGGUGGCAGCACACAUGCUCAAUAUUAAGAAGAA